AUCUACAAGCAAACUGAGCAAUUUGUAAUAUUUGCUCGUAUUGCGCUAUAUUUAUGGAAAUUAGCAUAGACAAGGCGCCAGACAGUGAUCAAAGAUUUGAAAAUUUCCGAUAACAACAGAGAAGGAAGUGAAAAUUGAUAAUUCUACUGAAAUAUUCACAAGUGCUUGAAUCUUUCCGAAAACUUCUUAAAAUCAAGUUAAGAUAUGCUAAAAAGAAUGAAAAAUUUGUAAAGUUAAAAAAAGGAAUAAUGGAAGAAGAAAUUUCAGUUCAUCCUUUAUCACACAAUCCAACUGAAGCAUGGAAGGAAAUUUCGAAAUCUCAGCGAGUAAUCAAAAUAGCUUACAGAGCACCAAGAACUGAAAAUUCUGAUCCUACAAAAAUAAGGAUUGUAGCAAUGUCAGAUACACAUGCCUUAACACGUCAUUUGAAAUUUGAUGUACCCGAUGGAGACAUUUUCAUUCAUGCUGGUGACUUUACUGCAUGUGGAAGUUUAAAUGAAGUUAAAGAAUUCAAUCAAUGGCUUGGUGAUCUUCCACAUAAACAUAAGCUUGUCAUAGCCGGCAAUCAUGAGCUUAGUUUUGACCCAACUUUUACUCAUCCUCUUGCAAAAAAUAGCAAAGGACAUCAUUCAAGACAAGGAUUAUUUGAUGAAAUCCCAUUAUUAGGACACAACAAAGAAAUAUUAGAAGAUGCAGUCAACACCAAAAAUAUUCAGCAAGUUUUAACAAACUGCACUUACUUAGAAGACAGUGGAGUGGAAUUGUAUGGAUUAAAAUUUUGGGGCACUCCACAUCAACCAGAAUUCUGUCACUGGGCUUUUAAUUUGAAAAGAGGAGAAGAAAUUUUACAAAAAUGGAAUCUUAUACCUUCAGACACUGACAUUUUAAUCACUCAUACGCCUCCAGUCGGAUUCAAUGAUCUCUGCUGCAAUGGUAUCAGAGCUGGAUGUGUCGAACUCUUAACAACAGUUCAGAAACGUGUCAAGCCAUUGUAUCAUAUAUUUGGUCACAUUCAUGAAUCAAGAGGAAUCUCUAGUGAUGGUAAAAUAGUUUACAUCAAUGCAUCAACAUGUGAUAUUUCCUAUUUACCACAAAACCCACCCAUAGUCUUUGAUUGUGCUAUUAAAUCGCUUUAAACAAUUUAAAAGAAAACUUUCUCAGUGACAAUUUUGUAAAUGGAAAAUAUUUAACUAGCAACAAUGUAAAUAAAAAUCCUUAAUUUCAAUUAGAAAGAAUUUUUAGAAAGUUUUUUUUCAAGAAUUUAUAUUUUAUUCAAUUUUUUUUAUGUACAAGAUUUAACAUUUUACGGAGCUUGUAGAUCAAAAUUGUUUCAUUUUAUCAUUCUUUAAAUGAUUAAUAAAAUCAUCAUCUUACAGUUCUCCAAAUGA